AUGGUGAUGGAGGUGGUUUUUGAGAUUUUUUUGUUGUCAAUGGUGUAUGUGGAUCUGGAAAUGUUAGUGGUGGAUUUUGGUGGUGGUGAGGUGGUGGAUUUGACACUGUUGGUUGUGGCUUUUGAUAAGCCGCUAUUGUUUAAGCGUAGUUGGAAUAUUCAGAUUCUUGCCGGUGUAAACGAGCCUGAAGAAAAACUUGUUGGCAGGUUCCGCAGGGAGGUGUUGAAGGCGGGUGUUCUUCAGGAAUGCAAGCGUAGAAGGUUUUUUGAAAGUACGCAGCAGAAAAAGAAGAGGAAGACCCGUGAAGCUGCUAAACGUAAACGGAAAAGGCGGCCACAAUCUAAAGCAUCAGUAAGGGUCAAGAAGGAAGAUCUGAAGAAGAAAGAUGACUCUGAGGAUGAUAACUGGGAGAUUUUUGAUGUAGAUUUGCCAUAUUGUUGA